AUGAAUAGGCUCCCAGCACUACUUUCAACAUGGAUUAGACCAUCAAGGGAUGCGGCUGAAGAAAGGGACCUUGAGAUGCAAUUAACACAGGUUGAAGAACAUCCUGCUGGAUACCCACGAUUUUCCGCGCUCAUUGGGGCCGAGAAUAGCUUUCACAUCUGCCGCCGUUUCUCUAAUAUCCGUGCUCGUCUGCUUCUUCUCAAACAGGAUAAGGUCUCACGGCUGGAGGCAGAACUAGAGGGAAUUGACCGGGAGGAAAGUGCUGUUCUAUUCCUUGGCAGCAGGCGAUAUGAUCUCAAUGAGAGCCGAAAAGCGAUUCUGAACGACCUUAACUUGGCGCUAGAAGACUAUGACCGGUAUGUGGAACGGUCUGCACGGAUUUUAGAGUUCAGCAAUCCCAAUCCCCGAAACACAACAAACCUACAGAAGUGGGUUCAUGGGAACCGAUGCAUAGCCCGGGAUGAGGUGAAAUACCUUACAUAUGGCGGUAAUGAGUUACUCUGCAUGGCUACCCCGGCCGAUAGCACUGUUGCCCGGAUGGAAGACUGGGUGGAAGACAACCUGGUUCGUUUUUCCAAAAGAUUCUACAGGGUCCGUUGCGAUGCCAUGUCUAGCGACAAACAUGUUUAUAUCCCUUCAGGAUCUCUAUUGAGGCGGAUGGCUCAAGCCGUGGCCAUAUCCCUCAUUAUAACUGUGCUUUUAGGUCCCGCUAUUAUCUGUACAUUUUCACAGAGUCAACUGGUGAGAACAUGGGUUGUCAUCACCGCGACUGUCCUUCUUGUGAUAAUCAUAUCUGGUCUGACCAAGGCAAGAACUAUAGAUAUAUUGAUAGUUGGCGCGACGUAUUCGACCGUUCUAAUUGUUUUUAUUUCAGGGAAAGAUUGA